AUGUCGUGCCCGCAUCUCGAGUCCAUCGAGCUCAAACCGCCGACUCCCGUCCAGUCUGUGUACAAGGAAGACUGCACACAAUGUUUUGACUCGAUUGACAACGCUGGAGGCCUCGAUGUCUGCCUUCAGUGUUUCAACGGAGGCUGCACCGGUGAUCGGGAGCACUCUCUGCUUCACAACGCAGUCUGGGGCCACCCGCUUGCCCUCAAUAUCCGCCGCACCCGAAAGGCGAUCCAUCGCGAUGAACCCCCCGCCAAGAUGACCAAGCUUGCCAUCGCGGCCGAGACGGAAGAAGAUCGAUACGACACUGCUCUGGCCGCUAAAUGCAUCGAGUGCCAAGUCGAACUGGACACGACGAAUGCGAAGCUAGCCCCCAUCGUCGAUGGCAUUCUCAAGGCGCACACCUUUUGCCGAAAGGAAGAGGUCAAGGCGUGGGAGCAAGAGCUCACGACGUGCGAGCACAUCUUGACCAUGCAGCAGCAUCCUUCCCGCAAAAUCGAGCAGGGAGAGCUUGGCCACUGCUCAGGCUGUGAUCUGAGAGAGAACCUUUGGCUUUGCCUGGAAUGUGGAAACCUGGGUUGUGGCCGGAAGCAGAUGGGUGGCGUUGACGGCAAUUCGCACGCCUUGGGCCAUGCCACCGAAUCUGGCCACGGCGUGGCUGUCAAGCUUGGAUCUAUUACACCAGAGGGCACUGCCGAUAUUUACUGCUAUAGGUGCGACGAGGAGCGCAUCGACGAGCUUCUCGGCGACCAUCUGGCCCAUUGGGGAAUCAUCCUAGCCGAGCGCCAAAAGACGGAGAAGAGCUUGACGGAGAUGCAGAUUGAGCAGAACCUCAAAUGGGACUUUAGCAUGACCACAGAAGAUGGCCAAGAGCUGAAGCCUGUGUUUGGACCCGGCCUCACUGGACUGAAGAAUCUUGGCAAUAGCUGUUACCUAGCCAGCAUCAUCCAGUGCCUAUUCGACAUGCCCUCGUUCCAGCAGCGCUACUACAGUGCUGACAACGACUUGCCCAUCAUCCAGGAGCCUGCAGCCGAUCUUGAGACUCAGUUGAGAAAGAUUGCCCACGGCCUGUUAUCCGGCCGGUAUUCAGAGCCUGAUACCUCUGUAGGAUCGGGAUCGGAGAUUGCCUACCAGAGAGGAUUGGCACCAGCCAUGUUCAAGCAUCUGAUAGGUAGAGGCCAUGAGGAAUUUUCCACCAUGCGACAGCAAGACGCCUUUGAACUUUUCCAGCAUCUCUUCAAGCUGAUUAGUCGAUCACCACACAACGAAGACGGCCAAAAGGAUCCCACAGCCGAAUUCCGAUUCGUUCUAGAGCAGCGGCUGCAGUGUCUCGGAUGCCACAAGGUUAGGUACAGCUCUAAUGAACAGGACAACAUAUUCAUCGACGUGCCGUUGGAGAAGCUCGAGACAAGCGAGGGUGGCGAGACGGCCAACGCCUACAAGCCAGUCACUCUGAAGGAAUGUUUGGACAACUUUACUGGCGCCGAGAAAGUCGAGUUGACAUGCUCAUCGUGCGGUAGCAAGGCGGGCUUCACCAAGCAGUCGCUCUUCAAGACAUUCCCCAACGUUUUGGCCGUCAAUGCACGAAAGAUGGCCGUUGUCAACUGGGUCCCUAUCAAGAUUGAUGUCCCCGUCAUUGUCCCAGACGAACCAUUUUUGCUGGACGACUACCUCUCCAAGGGACUCCAGCCGUCGGAAGAGUUGCUGCCGGAAGAGCCUGAAAACAAGGCUCCCGCAUUUGUGGCAGAUGCAACAGCAGUUGCACAGCUCGAGGCCAUGGGCUUUCCGCUGAACCGAGCUGAGAAGGCCUUGCACGCGACGGGUAACUCUGAUGCAAAUGCGGCCAUGGAGUGGCUAUUUGCACACCUCGAUGAUGCCGAUAUUGAUGCGCCGCUCGAUUUAGGAUCUGGGUCGGGAGAUGCUGGCACCGCUGACCCCGAAAAGAUUGAGAUGCUGGGCGCCAUGGGAUUUGGUGCUCCUCAAGCUAAAAAGGCAUUGAAAGAAACGGGUGGCGAUGUCGAGCGAGCUGUUGAGUGGCUCUUUAACCACCCUGACGACCAGGGCAUCACUGAGGACGAGAACUCGGGCGCAGCAGCAGAUACAUCUCCUAAAGAGCCUGCUGGAAGCGCUACACUGCCGGCAAGGUUCCAGCUGCAGUCUAUUGUGUGCCACAAGGGCACAAGCAUUCACGCCGGUCAUUACGUUGCCUUUAUUCGCAAAUCCUUGGAAGGCAGGGAGACGCCCACAUGGGUGCUCUUCAACGACGAAAAGGUCGUGGAAGCUCACGACGUUGAGGAAAUGCGCAAGUUCGCAUAUGUGUACUUUUUCAAGAGAACUUGA